UUUAUGAGUUAUUUCUUUUCCACAUGCGCUGUAAUGACAUUAUAAUUUGCUAGCGACUACUGUACACUUCGCUGGUGUCCGCUGUGAGCGUGUUGUCUCCAUAGAGACGCUUGAUGUCUGCCAGCUGUCCGUUGCCCACCAGUUGAGUCGAAUAGCUUAUCCAACAGCAGCUAAGCGCAAAUCUUUUGUGCGCUCGGAAUGACGAGUUCUGGCUGUUUAUGAAAGGCAUGCCAUUUCGUCAGAACUGAUACAUCGCUUGGGAAUGAAUACCGUGUCUGUGUGCACAGGGAACACUUGGCGGAGAGGAGUUCAUCACACCUCCUGCAGAGCGAUGUCUCAGUUUUCGGUAGAAGACGAGGCUGAGGUACAGUCCCUGCUGCGGCAGCUUCUCAGGAGCGUUAAAGAACGAAUCUCCGGGGCGCCGUCUGUGGAAUGUGCAGAGGAAAUCUUGCUUCACCUGGAAGAGACCGACAAGAACUUCCACAAUUAUGAGUUUGUCAAGUACCUGCGGCACUAUGUGGAGAGCACCCUGGGAGCAGUUAUUGAAGAGGAGACAGAGAGCUGUGCCACAGGGGACGGUCAUGCCAUUGGCUCGGCUCAGGAUACACUGGUCCAUGUUGUCACGAGAAGAACCAGGGAAUCUGCACAAUAUAAACAGAUGAUGCAGGCUUUAAAGCAAACGAUGAUGGUGAUUGUGGAAUCACUGCUCAAUAAAUUUGAGGAGGACCAGCUGAAGAAAGAGGAAAUGAACCAAAAAAGCCCACAUGAGCAGUUUAGUAGCCACUACACAGACAACUGCUCAGACAGUGACUCCUCCUUUAAUCAGCAGAGUUAUGCAUUCAUCAGACAGGAGCAACUACAGGUCAUUUCUGAGAAGCUUGACCCGAGCAGGCCAAAAGAGGUACGCUGGGAAGCCUUGCAGUUGUUGUGCUGUGCUCCUCCCUCUGAUGUGCUGAGCUGUGAGAACUGGAGUGGUCUGCACAGAAACCUCUCUGCUGCCCUCUCUGACCCUGAUCCUGACCUCAGUGAUAAGGUUUUGCGCUUCUUUGCAAAAACAUUUUCUUCCUCUCCACUAAAUGUGACAAGGGAAAUGUACACUAGCUUGGUGAAAAGUUUGGAGAGUGACUUUUUACAUCACAAGCUGGGUUUUCCUGCCGAUUCAUCGGGGCUGGAUGUGAAUAGACCGUAUAUAGCUCGCCUGCUUAAGCAGAUGAGACUGAUGAACGACUUUCAGAAGGAAGUGACGACGUUUUGGAUACGUCAUCCUGAAAAGUACAUGGAGGAAAUCAUAGAGAGUACCUUGGGCCUGCUCUCUGUCCGACCUGAACAUGGCUCAGUGAAAUCUCUGGAGCCUGUCCACUUGCUGUCUCUGCUGGACAUCCAAGCCACUUGGUUCAAGAAGUGGAUGCACGGCUACUACAGCAGAACUGUUGUCCUGAGGCUGCUUGAGAGGAAAUACAAGUCCAUGAUUGUUGCAGCUGUUCAGCAGUGCAUUUAUUAUUAUGAGUCAUGUGACCCUGGUAGAGAGGACACCCUGGAGAUCACUCAGGCCAUGGAGCAUCAACAGAUUGGUCCUGCUCAGAGAAACUGUUACAGUGCUAAGGAGCUGGAGUACACGCACUUCGUUCACUCAGUUUGCCUGCUCGGGAGGCUGCUCAUGUACACUAAUGGGAGAAAGCUGUUCCCCAUUAAAGUGAGGAAGAGGAGAGAUCCUGUAACUUUGACCAACUUGGUGGUUAUCCUAAUUAGUAUCAUGUACCAGCGCCCAAACACGUCAUAUGCAGUUUCUGCUCACACAGACUCACUCUCACCCGCUGUGCUGGUGAUGGAGGUCCUGCGGCAGCUAUGUGAGCGCACAGGCUGUGCGGUGGAGUGCAUCUACCAGGUCCCCGUGGUGGAGGCACUGCUGGUGCCCAUCCUUGCCCUGCUCCGAGGCAAGCCGGUGAAAUUAAAAUGCCCAGAAAGCGGCCUGACUCAUAUAGCAGACACGCUGGCGAGAAUCGCCACCACCGAGUGUGGCUUAGCCCUGUUCCUCUACGAGAGGAAGCUCAUCUCUGCCGAGGGUGAAGGCAUGACCGCAGCCCACAUAAUCGUGCGGUUUGCUCAGGCGCUGCUGGCCAAGGAGUUGCCCGCGUGCGCGGAGCUGGAGGACUCGGCCGCCGUGAAGGGCGCCUUCAUUUUUGUGUGCCGCCAGAUGUACAACACCGGCGCGGGCCUGCAGGUGCUCGGCCCCUACGGCUUGCACGAGUGCAUAGCCCAGGCCUGGAGGAAGACAAGCUCACUGUCCGAGAGAGUUCCCACCCCUGUCCCCGGAGCUCCCGUACCGGUGUCCCCCCAGGAGCUCCCAAGCACUGUGAUCUGGGAGGAGGUGCUCUUGGACAAUCUGCUGAACUUUGCAGCCACUCCCAAGGGAUUGCUGCUCCUCCAGCAAACGGGGGCCAUCCAAGAAUGCGUCACCUACAUGUUCUCCAGGUUCACACAAAAGCUUCAGGUGAGCAGUUGUGAGAAGUUUGGCUACGGUGUAAUGGUGACUCAGGUUGCAGCUACGGCCCCUGGCAUAAUGGCCCUGCGUAGCUCUGGGUUCAUCCAGGCUAUGGUGGUGGAGCUGUGGUCAGUCCUGGAGUGCGGCAGGGAGGACGUGAGGGUUGUCCAUCCCAAGUCCACGCCAAUGGACCCUGUUGACAAGAGCUGUGUGAAGUCCUUCCUCACACUGGUGAACCUGCUGUCCUCUGCGCAUGCUGUGUGGGAGCUGCUGUGCCACCAGGUGCUCCCGAACAAGUCAGAGUACAGCCUCCGAGAAAUGCCUACCUCCGUUAUCGACGUGAUGGACCGCCUUGUUGUGAUUAACUCGGAUGCAAAAAUACACUCCCUGUUCAACUAUGAGCAGUCACACACAUUCGGUCUGAGGCUGCUGAGCGUUAUGUGCUGUAGUCUGGACUCCCUCCUGCUCCUGGAAUCUCAGUAUAAGCUCUCGGAUAUCCUUCUCCAGAGCCAGGAGGACAACGCCAUCGAGUCCUCCUCUGGGGACAGAGGGUUCAUCAUAGAUGGCCUAUCUGUGGAGAGGCACCACCUCCUGGUCCGGAUGAGCGUGACGGGUGGCCCCUCUGAAAGGAGCCUUCCUCCCAGAUCCCUGCAGAAGGGGGAUGAUCCGUACCCUUGGCCGAUGUUCUCCACCUAUCCACUGCCCUCCUGCUAUGUCCUGGAUGCAGCAAAGACACACCACACUAAACAAGACUCCGAGCUUUGUGCUUUCCUGACGUCAUCUAAAGAUGUGGAAAGAGACAAAACCUGGAUGGACAGCUGCAGGAGACACUAUUUCAACGUGAUGACUUCAAAGUCCAGCAUUCUCACAGGAAAUGUGCUGGCUGAUCUCAUGGAGGCCGUGGUGCAGAGCCUCUCCUUGAGCCCAUCUGCCUGCUUCUUCCCACCUGUGGAUUACAAAGCAGCGGAGCACUACGUGGAGACUCGUGGCCUGACAUCUGUGGAACAGCUGGGCGUGAAAGUCUCUCUCAGGUAUGGUUUAUUCCUGAAGUUACUGAAGGAGGAUUCAGAGCAGGACCUGUGUAACCUCCUCAGACACACCCAGGAGUUCCUUUCCCAGCAGCGUCUGAAGCUCCAAUCUGAUCUGCGUUAUCUGCAGAGGGGUUAUCCUGGCCAUGACUGGUUUGCCUCCACCGUGUUCCUGCUCCUGUGCGGAGACGCCGACCGCUCCCUCAGCCUGCUGCUGCGUUUCUCACGCCUGCUGACCUCUGCCUUCCUCUGGCAACCCAGGAUCUAUGCCUCUGUGCAUCUCCCAUUGGAGAUAGCGCAGUCUGGGGUCCCACCCCUCUACUCCUGCACUGCCCACUAUGUGGAGAUGCUGCUGAAGGCCGAGGUACCUCUCGUCUCCUCCGCGUUCAGGAUGUCCGGCUUCACUCCUUCCCAGAUGUGCAUGCAGUGGUUGGGCCAGUGUUUCUGGAACUACUUGGACUGGUCUGAGAUCUGUCACUAUGUGGCCACAUGCAUCAUCAUGGGGCCCGAUUAUCAGGUGUACAUGUGCGUCUCCGUGCUGAAGCACCUGCAGCGGGACAUCCUGCAGCAUGCGCAGACCCAGGACCUGCAGGUCUUUCUCAAGGAGGAGCCCAUCCGGGGCUACAGGGUGAGCGACUACUUAGACUACAUGGAGGCUUUGGAGCACAGCUACAGAGCCAUGGUGCUCACAGACAUGGAGAGCAUCUCGCCCAAGCGGAACACCUAGCAUUCCACACAGAGCCCCAGCCUGGAGGGAAUCGACCUGCAUUCUACUGCUGGACAAACUGCUGGUGCUUAUGGGAUAGGCACAUGGGAUGGCAUCAUAAAAAAAAUAGAACUGGGCAUGAGAGCUGAGUUUCUAUCAAAGAAGCAAGUGUUAAAAGUACAAAAAGUGGCAAACGAGCCACACGGUCAUUGAGUGCUGUUUGGUCAUUAAGUGCUGUUUGGUCAUUGAGUGCUGUCUGGUUUGAUGAAUUUGCUUUACUGGGGAUGGCACGCCUUGAUUUAUUUUUUGGCCAAAUGCCAGCUUUAUAUAUAUUUAGUUAAGCUACACAAUGGCCAUUGACUGUGGUUGUCUUUCUUCCCAGAAUGUUCCUUUAAAGACCCUAAAGGGACCAUUCAUUCUGCCCCUUAUGUGGAAACAAAAGAUUUCUACGUGUGGCACAAUGUACUUUGUGCAAUGCCAAAAUGUUUGCGUGUGUGUGUGUCCCUGUACAAUUCAAAACAGUGCUAUUUUGGUAACAUGUCCUGUACAAUCACUGCACUCGUUUUAAAUAUGCAGAUAUGUUUCAUCUCAGUGAACCGAGUCAAGUUACAUCUCUAUGAAUAAAUAUUAAUUCAGGAAUAUUAAGAUAGGUUGUGGAGUAGCAUAAUGAACCCCUCCUCCCUACUCCAUUGCUGUGUCUCCCUUGGUGAUAGUCACCUGAAAGCUGAAGCAAAGCCUGAUGUUUAGAUCUUCAUCUUUUUGAUGUAGACUUCCUCUCAGGUAUUUACAGCCCAGAAGAACAUCAGACAGCAGAUUCCACAAAGUAUAUAGCUUCAUAAAACUGUAACUGACUGAAUUGCACAAAUAUAUUUUAAGGGACUGUAACACAACCUUACAUAGCACAGUAGCUGUCACUUGCAUGUUUGAUGGACAUUUUUAACCAUGGACUGUAACCUUCACAUUGUCUAAGUGUAUGAGUUAUUUAUGAUAUCUUUAGCCACUUUUCAUACAGUAUGAUCAGACUUGUCGUUUAGUAGUGAUGCUGCAGUAUGCAUUGGUGACUUUAGCCUUGUUUCCUAUGAACAUCUGCAGUUUUAAAGGCAGCAGCAGUAGCGUAUCACGACGACAAGUCAUCAUUAGCGGCCAGAAGCCGUCUCCUUCACACGUACCAUCUGUAACUCCCACAGGGAAUAAUGAAUGGGAUCAUUAAAGAGGUGUCUUUCUCCUUCACAACAACCACUAAAUAUAUAACAUGUUGUUUACUCUGUUUAAUAGAAGAGUUUGGCGUUUUUUUCCACUGUUUUUUUGAUGUUGUACUGUUUUAAAUGGUUUGGGUUAGACUUUGGAUUUAUGUGAAAAGAUAAAGUAAUAAAUAACAUGAAACUUGUUGCA